CUUUCUCCUUGAGUCAUCCAACAUGGCCGCCAGCAAUUACUACGGCUAUUCUUCGGGAGGACAACACACGCAGGGUUUUACUCAAGCUCAGAAUCCAUCGAUUCAAACCAGUUAUGGAACACCCCAAGGAACUACUGGUUACGGAGUUCAAGCUUCUGCUCCCGCUGGAGGGCACUAUGUUCCCCCACAAAAUCAAGCACCUAGACAAGUCGUACAAGCGCCUUACUCAGCUGGCACAACUGCUUAUGCUCAACAAGGAUCUUCCGCGCAAGGAGGUGCUUAUGGCUAUACGGCAAGACAACAGGACGCUCCGCCACCACCGCCACCGGCAAAUGCCUCUUAUCAGGCAGCUCACGGCGCUUACCAAGCACAUCACGGUUCAGCUCAAUACUACGAUCGCGAGGCCUACGAAACCAAGGCGUCUUAUUAUUCGCAACAGCCGUCCACGAACGUACAGGGCGGACAAAAUGCUUAUUACGCUCAGAACACUACUGGGGCAGCCAAAGCAGCUUACCCAACGUCUGGAACAAAUGUUUAUCCGACAUCAGUGAGCGCUACGCCGGUUAUUGCGAAAACUCAUCCAACCCAAGCUUACUCUUCUCAAUCGUCCACUGUGGCUUAUCCGUAUUCUAACGCUCGUACACAGACAACCGCUUACGGCCAAACAAGUUCGUACAACACUUCAAGUUAUGGUGGUUCCUCGACUGGGAAUGCCGCAAAUUACCAACCUCAAGCUUACGAGGCAGCUGUCUAUAACGCUGCCGCGGCCUUCGUUCAACAACAACAUCAUCAACAGACACCACAACGGCAAGGGUGGAAAAACAAGAUCGGAGCCGGUCAACAGAAACAGCAGAUGAUGAAGCCUAAGCCACCGCCGAAACAACCUCAACUUCAUUACUGCGAUGUUUGCAAGAUUAGUUGUGCUGGACCACAGGUUAGUAUCAAUAAAUAUUUCAACAUCGCACAUGAAAUUUUUUUUUAUAUAACUUACAUGUACCUUUAAAACAUGUAUUAUUUAACUUAUGAAUACGCACUAAACCAACUUUCCGACCGCUUUUGAGUCUUAUAUUUAUUUUUUCGUUCUCAAGACUUGUUAUGAGCAAAAGUUUUUAACACGGUUCUUUAUGUACCUUUGCUGGUUGUGGCCACGUGUGAAGCAUUAAGCGUGUCAAAUGCUAUUUUUGUGUCACCUGAGUUUGCAAGUCUCGGCGACGACUGUAGUUGUACUGCACUUGCAUUAGAUAUGUCUAUAAACUUGAAAUGCCUGCAGUGAUUAGAUAUUCUGUUUGUUUAAUAUUGAUUGAAAUUACUUCUUUCAGACAUACAGAGAACAUUUAGAGGGUCAGAAACAUAAGAAGAAGGAACAAGCUGCCAAGCAAAAAGAAAAGGAAUCUCUUCCAUCUAAUGCAUAUCGUUGUGAGCUUUGUGAUGUCACUUGUACAGGGACUGAUGCAUUUGCCGCCCAUCUUAAAGGUUCAAAACAUCAGAAGGUAAAAGUUGUUUAUUAUUGCACAAUGGAAUACAAAUUUGGGAUAUCUAGCAGGCUGUGUUGAAGAGAUUUUUAUCUGUUUCACAUCUCUGCCACACACUCAUUGCUAUAUGAAUGAGUUUAAUCACUCGCGUGCAAUUUAGAUAGCUAGUUUCAUUAUUUGAGUUUUGAAUGUGAUAUCUUUUUGGACUGCUACAAUUUAGGCAUGAUUUAUUGGAAUGAUCCAUGGAUUUAAUGUACAUGUAUUCAACAUUUCUCUUAUUUUGUGAUCAAGUUAACCCUUUACAUCCUAACAUCAGUAUCCAUAUUCUCUAUACUCUUCUGUAUACAUUUCCUUUAGUACUGACAAGGAGAAUUUGUUUAACCUUGACAGUCAUGUCCUUUACUCACACAAUCUUAAAGAAUGAUUCAGCAGUGAUACUGUAAGAAGGAAUUAGAUGAUGCUCACUCCCAAGCUUUAAAGGGUUAACAGAAACUGAUAGGAUUGCAUUGCGAUUUAUUGUAUAAUCAAAUGUAAAGAAAGGGUAACCACCUGGGUAAUGUAUCUAGACUCUGAUUUUGUGCUUUUACAGGUUGUGAAACUACAUCAGAAGCUUGGUAAACCAAUUCCUGAACCUGCACCACUGAAACCUCCAGAACCCAAGGAGACCAAAGAAAAUAGUGACAAGAAAGCUGGCAAUGGGAACAAAGGAGCUAUGCGAAAACAGCCUCCAAAGAAGAUGGCUGCUCCUAAGAUCACUUUUGUUGGUGGCACAAAGCUAACUUCCACAGGACUUGUCAAGAGUGAGGCUGGGUCCACAAAUUCUGGUGUUUCUGCUGGUACCUCUACUGCUGGUACACCAGUGGGACAAGAUGCUGAAAUGGAAGAGGGUUGGUACUACUGUUUUCUUCCUGGUCAAUUUAUUAAACAUUCAAUUUCAGUAUCAGUACAGGUACAUGUAAUUAACAGUCAUAACCCAAGAGUUGUUUUUUAGAAUUCCAUAAUCUAUGCAUUGACAUUGAUUUCCAAGAAUUUUUAGAUUUCUGAUUGGUUAAGUUUAAUUUUUUCAAAUGAUUGUUGUAUAGAUGUGUAAAACUGUGGUUAAAGACUCAAAUCUGGAUCUUUGUAUUUCUAAAUGAAUAAUAGGCUGUCACCUUUAAACAAUGGAAACCUAAGGUGUAAUUUGUACUCACUUUAAUAUGUGUAAAUAUUUUUGACUUUGAAUAAAGGAGGUAAGUUUCUAAAGAAACUGUGGUGCUGUGUAGGUGGUAGAGUAUAAAAAGAUAAUUUGGUACAAUCAACUGAGUUGAUUACUUGAAUUGGCCAUCGUUAAAAUUUUUAAAGCUGACGUUUCAAGUGUUAGUCCUUUGUCAGAGGGAAUCAAUUGCUCUGACGAAGGCUUUGAAACUCUUAACAGUGGCCAAUUUACAUUAUCAACUCAGUUGAGAAUACCAAAUUACCUAAUAUUUGACUUUGUUGUAAUGAUAACUUUUGUUGUCUUGCAGAGAAAUUUGACUUGGCAAAUUUUACAGGGGUUGAUAAGAGCAAGAUUGUUGGUAUGUUUGCUGCUAAUUAACCAUUAUUUAAUCCAUUAUUUAAUCUUGUACUGUACCAUGCUAACCUUUUUGUGCAUGUGCAAUACAAUUUUAGGAGGAGAAUAUCUAGAGGAAGUGAAAAAUGAUGAGGGGAAAGUUAUCAGCUUCCACUGCAAAUUGUGUGAGUGCAAGUUCAAUGAUCCAAACGCCAAAGAAGCACAUCUUGCAGGACGCCGACAUAGGCUAUCUUAUAAGGUUGGUGAAACAGGUGGAUUUGUGCUUUGUAGAAAAUUUGUCUUUUUUAUACCAAUUUUACAGUAUUCUGAACUUUUUAUAAACACUGUUUAUUUAUUUAUUUUUAUUUUUUUUUUUCAGAAAAAAGUUCAGCCUGAUUUGGUGGUUGAUGUUAAACCUGGUGGCCGUGGCCGUCUCAGCAAAGUGCAAGAAGACAAGUUUCGUCGACAGUGGGAACAAGAACAAUACUGGCAAUGGAAAAAGUACAAACAGUUUUCCUGAUUUUUUUAUUUUUUAUUUAGUGUUGGAUAAAUUUAGGAUAAAGCAGUGUUCCUUGCUCUGACCAAACUUGGUUUGUUUAUUCAUUUCUGGCACACAGGGGUAGACAUGAAGAAGAAUUGCGCCGUUGGGAGGAAGAGGAGUAUUACAGAAGAGUAGAAGAGGAAAGAUUCUGGGAAGAAGAAAGUCGUCGCCGUUUUGAAGCAGAAUUCUUUGAAUGGGGUCCAAGUCGUAUGGGUCCCCCAAGAGGUCCUCCAGGGCCAAUGGGACCACGCCCUCUCAUGGAAGGAGUUGGUGACAUGGGGCCGGUAAGCAUUUUUGUUUUAUACUGAACAAGCAGGAAGCUCUGGUUUAUUCUAUUACAUUUGAUUGAUCAGCAAAUCCUCAAUGUUGAAAUUAUCAUAAAUUUAUGGCAGACAGAAAGGAGCAUUGAUUUCUGAAUCUCCAGAAUGAAAGGGUUAAUUGAUAGUCUUCUUGUUAGAUCUCUGUGUAAUAUUGAUAGGUUUGAAACAAAAAAUUGAAUUUCCUCUGGGAAUGGGGGCAGUCACUUUCAGAGCUUUUCAUUUUAGAGAUUUUUAUAGGAAUAUCCUUGUGCAACUCUUUCAAGCUUGUAUCUAUUAGAUUUCAUGCCUUUUUGUACUGUAUCGCUUUCACCACAUGUACAGUGUAGUUGAUAACUAAUUUGUUUUGUCACCAUUAACAGCCCAUCCCACGUCCAAGGUACGAUACUCCUGAUGACCGCCUAGUGAUGGCAAAACAUUCUGCAAUUUAUCCCAAUGAGCAAGAGCUACAGGCAGUCCAGAAGAUUGUGUCUUCCUCAGAGAAGGCUUUAAAACUUGUGUCAGAUCUGAUUGCUGAACAAGAUCUUUCAACACAGCCUAAGAAAGAAGGGGAAGAAAUAAAAGAGGAAGUGAAGAUGGAGGUGAAAGAGUCGGAUGAGAGCAGUGACGAGAAAAAAGAAGAUGAGGAGAAGAAAGAUUCCAGCAAACCCUCCUCCCCACCCCGUAAGUUGAUCUUCAUCAGAUGAAUUGUGGUUUUUUUGUCCUAAGGGACUUGUCAGAAAUUAGCAGGGGGGGAGGGGGGGUGGGAAUUUUAAAUUUGGGUUCGGAAAUUAGGUGACCCAUCCCUGCAAUGGGAGUGAAAUUUGCUAACCCUCCCCCCUUGAGCUUGGCCUAAAAUAUCAUGAUCCCCUCUUGUAUAAAUGAUAAAAUCUAGUUCUUGCAAUACACUAGGUAAUGUCAGUAUUAUGAAAACUCAAAAUAUUUUCUAAUCUGUUCUUCGUCAUGCUACAUUUUUACAUUUCGAUUGAUCCGAACAUCCAAAUUCAAAGUCUUCAUCACUAGAACAAGUGGGUAAUUCAUCCCCUUCAUCUACCUCAAAUUCAUCAUGAUCAUCCACCUCUUCCAGAGGGAGAUUGUUUGUUUGUUUUGUGCCAAAUAAAGAAUCAGAUUCUUGGGAACCUUAAAUCACGGGCAUAUAUUUGCAUGACCCUCCCCUUUUAACUGCCCAUUUUUCAUGACCCUCCCUUUUCUGAGGCUCAAAAGUUUUCCCCCCCUUUUUCCACCCCCUCCCCUGCUAAUUCAUGACAAGUCCCUAAAUAAUGGGAAAUAUUUUAUCGGGUAAGAGCUUAAAGUUUUCUUUUACUGCUCUACAUGAAUGUGUUAACCCAAGGUAAAAGCUUUUGGUACUGUACUGUAGGAUGAGCUACAAACAAGCUCUGAGGUUUUCUAACAAUUGUUAUCAAACAUUUUAUCCCAUACUUAAUUUUCAUCAAGCUAUUUUUUGAUAUUUUUAGGAGCUCUUAAAGGUGUUAUGAGAGUUGGCGUGCUUGCAAAAGGCUUAUUACUUCAUGAACGCCUUGAUGUUGAUUUGGUUGUGCUUUGUCACGGUAAGGAAAUUCUUUUGAAUCCUUCUCUUAAAUAACUGUCUUUCAUGUAUAUUGUAUCUUGACCUUGAAUAGUUGCUUUGAAAUCCUUUUAUGACAUACCAUGAUCAGUUUGCUAAUUGGAGAUUGUUUUCCUUUUUUCGAGUAGAUAAACCAACAAAGAUGCUUCUGAACAGAGUAGCAGACCUCCUGCCAGCACAUCUUGCAGUAAGUAUAGGUUUUCAGUGGCAUACCAUUAGAAUCCUGAACAGCUUUUGUUUCAAGGGUGAAAAAUAAUCUGUUGCAAUCUUAUUUUUGUGGCAGAAAGUGACAGAAGAGAAGUAUGAUCUCAAGGUAGUGCCUGAGGAAGCUGCCAUGAAAAUUUCUACUGCAACUGACCCAAAGGUGGUGGUUACCAUCACUCUGACAUCACCUGUCAUGCGCGAGGGGGAGGAGGCAGAACACGGUACCUGUUAAAAUGACCUUCUACACUACCACAGGGCCCUUGUUAAGUCACUUUUUAGAUGCAACAAAAUUAACCUUAACCAAUUUGGAAAUUCUGAUUCUGAUUUACAUAUUUAGUUAAAAAGUUUUACACAGGAAGAAACAUAU